GGUCGUGAAAUGAGGGGGCGUAAUGGCGUAAAGCCAGGAAAUUAGAAAGAAAGUUGCAAUGGAAGAUAUAUUAUGAACGUCUUGCGGGUUUUUACCGUUUAUCUAUUUUACUUUGAAAAUUUUGUUUGUCAUAUCCCUCGGCUAUCAUGCUAAGUAAUUCGAGUUUUAGUUAUUAGAUCUCAUUCCAAUAUGAUACUGAUCUGUCAGUGUAGAAUGUGCUGUUUUUGGAUUCGAGUUUUAAUUUUAUAUCUCAUUCCAAUAAGAUACUGAUCUGAUACCGAUCUGUCAGUGUCAAAAGUGAAGUUUUUGGUUGACAUAAUGCGCAAUUUAGGAUGAAAAUUGGAAUGAUGUCAGAUCCAUGUUAGAUCAGUAUCACAUUAUAUGGUUAGAAUUGGCCUGUAUAGGACUAGCUACUUUAAACUAAAAACUGCUGUGGUUUGCAAGGUAACGAUGCACAACAUAAAACAAAUAAAUAUUACACGUGUUCGUAUUUCAUUUUCUAUCGAGCCAACUUUCGGCCCGAUUCGAAUAACGAGAUACGAUAACGAUAAAUUCUAGUUUAGAUAAGUUGUCAUUUAGAUAUCGUUUGUAUGUCGUAUGUCACUUUGACGUUAGAAAUAUCGUAGAUAGAUCUUAUUGGGAUCACAGCGAAAUCGAAAUAAACGUCAAUUUUGACAUGUCGUUUAGUUAUCGAUCUUGUAAAUAUCUUUCCUUUCUUUCUUUCCGUGUCUUAAUCAUUCUUUGAAUCGGGCCAUUUAACUUGUUAGGCCCUCAGCACACGGCGCGUAAGCGUAAGAAACGCGUAAGCGCAUCGUAAUAUGCGAGUAGAACGAGAGCCUAGUUUUGGUGUGAUUAUUUCAUAGCAUUGCCCUUCAUUAAAACGUGUAAAAAAUCAAUAUAAAAGCUUGUUUACUCCCCCUUUUACUUUGGCGUAAUCCUGGUGGAUAUCGAGGUGUAGCAUUCGUUAUAAAAACAUCGGCACCCGAUGGGGCAAAACAUGGCCAAAAUGCAUGAAGUACGAGUAAACACAAAUAAUGCCAAUAGGUACAUUGCCAAUAUAUCAAUAUAAUAUUAAUAUAUAUCAAUCCUUCUCAUGAUUGACAGCUACAUUGAUAAUGUUACCUACAUUCAUUAUCAAGUAGUAACAUAUGAUUACAAUGACAUAAGUCGAAAAAAAAUUCAAAACUACCACGGUAAAACUACAUUUAGGCAACAAUUUUGUAACUAAAUUAAUGUUUAUCAGUCAUGUUCUAAUUAUUUUCACAACUGCAAUACUCAGUGGUUUAGUUCCUAAUGUCAGUAGUAUCGAUCGCAAUAUAACUACAUUAAAAUAUUCCAAAUUUCGCGUAAAAAACGACUAUAGUAAACGGAGAACCUGCGGCCCGAGGACGAAUGCCUUAUUUAGUGUCGAUCAAGGCUACCCAAAUAAAACUACAAAAUGUAUCUGAAGAGGGAAGAACGUUAUAUGUGUGGGACAGUUUUUGCGGUGGGAGCAUCAUACAUCCUAGCAAAGUGCUUACAGCUGCACAUUGCUUUGAGUUGAACAACUUUUUCUUGGUGAAACACACAAGCGCUAUAAGAGUCGUCGCAGGCAGCUUACAGAAUGAGGUGGUGCAUACAGGCAACACGGAAACCACGGCCGACAUGCAAUGGAGAGGGGUCCAGCGAUUGCGACUGCAUGAGCAUUUCAACUUCCCGCUUAACGAUAUAGCAUUAGUAAUAGUAGAUACGCCGUUUCAUUUCAACGCAAAUGUGAGCUCCAUACGUUACGUUCAGAGGGUAGUUGACUAUCCAGAAAUCUGCAAAUCGGGUGGAUAUGGAGAUCUGAGCUAUAAUACUGACUUAAGGUUGCGGUCAUCUGUUUUAAUGGUAGCUCUUAUCAAAACAAUGCCGCGAUGGCAAUGCUCCGGAAUCUGGGAGAUGGAUAUGAGUUCAUACGUUUGCUCGGAGUCGGUGGUCUCAGACGUGGCGCAGGGAGACUCGGGCGGGCCACUGGCUUGUACGGGGACUCGGGACCCGAACGAGCAACCUGGAAGGAUAUAUUGUUGGGAAUUGUGAGUGGUAAGAGCUUCGACAGGACGACAUUGUUCACGCGCGUAUCGUCGUACACAGAGUGGAUUGAGUCUAAUUCAGAUUCUAAAUUAAUGAGUAACUUCAUGAUUAUUUUGUUAAUGCAAGGGAUUUUUAAAAUAUAUACCAUGUUACUUUGC